CUGCCCUUGUUCAAUGCCCAGAUGCGCGUGCAACACUUCCAUUCGUAUCUGGCAGAGAAUGCUAACGCAGCCAAGAAAGUUGCACACAGCCGCACUGUCGAACCCACCUCUCAUCCCUCCAGUAGCACCAAAGCGUGGUGAUCUGUCGGGCGCGGUCUCCUCAGCAGGACGACAACGUUGAGUGGUCGGCUUUCAGAACUUACAGAGCGCUCAACAAAGUGGAGCUGCCCGGCACUCUCAGAUUGGUCUCCUUCCCGAGUCCCCGGAGGCCCCAGCGUCCCCGCGGGGACGAUCGACACAGGGUAUGCUUCACUGGCGAAGGAGGUCGGUGCCUCCGCGACAUGUGAGCGCAACUGCCACCAACAUUACGGCCAGAACAACUGUCAUGUGGGCACCGCCCGGAUCAUGCACCGUUGCCCCGCAUGGUCUGAAGGCACGACGGCCCUGUGACGUGGGGGCCACAGUGUCGGCCCCACGGCAUGAGCGUGGCCGCUCUGUGCGCGAGGCCCAAGGUUGUCUGCGAUCGUUCCACACCGCUCGCUUGUGCGUUGUGUAUUGUGCGACUCGUGACGUGGUAGGUGGACAGGCUUCUUGCGUCAGCUGUUCGCAAUGCAGUCGGUCGGAGCAAAGCAUCACGGAGGUACGCGAGAUCUGCAAGUGUCGAGGCGUCGAUCGGCGGAGAAAUGCCCUGCGCGCCGUCUCUGCGGCACGCCCAGCUUGCUCCGAGAGCUUGGCGCUCCCGUCUCGGAACGAGGUACGUCGGCCGAGUAACGCGGUAUUCGGCUGAGAAAGGUUAGGCGGCGGACUUACCCCGGCCGUCUGGCACUCCACUG